UUUCAUAAUUUAGUUUGUCAUCGUAUACAUUUUUAAACUAAUAAUGAUUUCCUUGAUUAUGAAAAAUUAUCACGCACCAAGACUUAGUCUUACAAGGAUCCUUAAUAAGAAAUGUCUCUUCUAUCAGACGACUCCGGGUCUGCAGCUGGUUACAUCCUUUGCAACAGAUCCUUGUGGCAAAAAGGGAGGAGGUGGUGGUGGCGGGGGCAAACAUACUGUAACGUACAAAUCAUACACCCCACCGCAAUACAAACCGCACGACAAAAAGAAUAUGGAUCUGAAUAGACCGAUGUCGCCGCAUCUAACCAUCUACGCGCCCACGCUGCCUGCUAUGACUUCUAUAGCCCAGCGUAUUACUGGAGUGAUUGUGCUAUCGUACGCGAUUUUGGUGGCAUUUGGUUCAUUAUUCCUUCCCAAUGGCAUCGACUCUUACGUGUCUAUGAUACAAAGCCUGGACAUGGGAACUUUUACCAUCAUUCUACUCAAGAUGCUACUAGGUGCGCCAUUUGUAUAUCAUUAUUUCAACGGGAUAAGGUAUUGUGCAUGGAAUGCCGGUAAAUGGCUCGAAUUGAAAGAUGUCUACGAAACAGCAAGAAAAAGUUUUAUUCUUACUGCUGUAUUUACUGUUUUAUUUUCAUUGUUUUAACUUAAUUCAAUGAUUUUU